GGCGGCACUAAAGUAGCCAAUCGCCAAGCUAUCCAUUUUAGUCGCCAUUUAAAGCCGUCAAAUCGCCACGCUUGGCAACCCUGCUGCGAAUAUUCUCCAAUUGACAGUUGUCAAAAUUUUCGUGACUUGACAUUUGACACUCCAGAAACAGUUGAAAUCUUUCAAAAAUAUCUUCUGUAUUUAUUCCAAUUCCAGUUAAAUGUAGUUUCUCUUCAAGAAGUAAGCCGGGUAAUUAAAUGAUUUGUACAGAUAGAUUAACACUAUCAUUUUAUAGAAAUUGAGAAGUUGCCAACAGAUUCUUUUUAAGUUAUAUAUGGAUAUGAAGAGCUCAUAACUUGUAAGGUUUCUGUAUCCAAAAUGAUGGAUGAAAAGGUAAUACCACUGUAUAUAACAGACAGCCUUGCUGGUCUGGACGCUUUGGCGACAAAAGACCAUGUUUUGAAAUACCUCAACAAGUCUCCUAAGCUUAAACAUGUAGGUUCCAAAAUGAAAAAGGAACUGUUGCUGUGUCGAGAGGACCAAGAGAGAUCUUACAUUUUAGCUAAGCGCUAUGUUUUGCUGAUGGAUCACCUAUUUAAAGUAUCUGACGAUCCGAAAUAUAUUCGCACUUUGUUUCUCAAUGACUAUAACACUGUAAAGACACUCUUGAAUAGCCUCAGGAGUGAACUAGAGGAAAGGUAUGGUAUUACUGUAGUGCUUCAAGAAAAACUUUCCAUCAGCUUGAGAGCUCCGCAUAGCAGCAAUACGCUUUCAGACGAGUCUUCGAUUGUUCUGGAUAGCGACUAUAUCCAACCGACUGGCGAACCUGACCCCUUUAAAGACUUUGAACCGAUUGAAGAUGAUAUGGCCACAUAUAUCCAGGAACCAAGAGGCGCUCCACUAGUGCAACAUCCUGAAAGUGGAUUGUUCCUUACACCAGAAGAGUUUUACAAACGCCUUGACGACAUGAACGUGUUGAUUGUAGACGUUCGACAAGCCUACGAAUACGAUCAGACUAGAAUUAAGAAAAAGGCAGGAGGCAUGAUUAAUAUUCCACCCAAACUCAUUCAACCAGGACUUUCCGCAAAUACGCUAGGGCUUAAAUUGCCACGAGAGACCCAUGUAAUCUGGGAUAACCGAGAUAGCUUUGACUGCAUCGUCAUGUUGGAUUAUGACACAACAAAGUUUACCUUUGGAUUGUCGAAAUUACACUGCCUACGCAUAUUCAUAACUGAGUGGGACUUCAACAGAAGCUACCGGGAGCUCCCAUUUAUCCUAGAUGGCGGUUUAAAAGAGUUCGUCCAAUGUUAUCCUUCAGAAGUAGAGAAUUCUGGUUGUUUGUUCGCUAAGCAAAACUCGGAGAUCGACGAUUUGUUGGAUAUAGACUCGGUGGAAUAUCCUGGUGCAGCCUCAGGAGAAGGUCAUAGAAACCUCAGGGUUGAUUCGGCAUAUUCUAUGGGCAACGUAGCAAAACGUGUAGAGAGGGACUUCCCCGAAGAAGAUGAAGACGACGAUGUAGCGCUUAAAUUGCGUAAUAUACGGUCAGAAGGGGCAUUGCCGAAACAUUCGUACUUUGCCAAGGAGCCAGGUGUAUCUAGUGGGCCUUACACCAGCAUUUCCGAGCAUCAAAUUACAAUGGAAUACAAUGAAGGAAACAUUAACACUGCAGCUUCAACGGACUUCAUAAAGCCGCAAGAUAUGUCGGUUGAGGAUUGCCAGGCAAUGCGAAAGCUCAUGGAAGGUGACCGAGAAAUGCUGUUGCGAAAAGCCCGCGCAUCAAAACCAACUUAUCUUCCAGAGCAGAGGAAUGAGGGUAACCAAGACUACUCAAGGUCACCUGAAAGACGGAGAGAUAAUUCUCCAGAGCCGAUGGACAAUGCUGUGCCAACCUAUGUCCCCCCACCUCCUUCCUUUGACAGGAGUUUUAAACCUGAUAAAGUCAAAGAACCAGAAAAAGACGUGAACGGGCGAGGCUUCACGGGAAUCCAAAAUUACAAAAAUUGCUGUUUUAUGAGCGCGAUCUUACAAUGUAUGAAAACAUUGCCGUUCAUAAAAGAGUACUAUGUGAAUACAAACAGGUACUUGACCCUGAAUCGAAGAGUACCUCCGGUAUUCAAUAUGUUGAUGGGCGAGGUGUUUGAGAAGCUGUGGGAAGGUUCUGAAGAUGAUCCAAAAAUCUACUAUCCCAAAUUUAUAAGGGAUAAACUCAGCCGCGUGAAUCCAAUGUAUGAAAAAUGCUGGCACGAAGACGCGUUCGAGUUCUUCACAUUUUUCUUCGCUCAACUCAGCGAGGAUUGCAUGGUGGAAAUGCCCAGACCGGAGGUUAUGACGGAUAGUGAACAAGCUUGGUAUAGCGCUCUACAAGGGCGAUCGAGCUUUUUGGUCGAUAGAACGUACUAUCAACUUAGGGACGAGAAAAUUUGCACUCAUUGCAAAAAGAAGAUGUGGUCAUUCGAAACAGAGGGUACCCUAAAUCUUGCCAUGCGGCAGAACUUAGAACCCUGUGAAUUAGAAGAUUUGAUCAACAAUUAUCUGGCCGAAACCACUGAAAAAGACUACCAGUGCGAGAUAUGCAAGAACAUUGGUGCAGUCGUGAACAAGAGAUCUGUCGUCGUAGAUCCAGACACGUUGAUUAUAUGUCUGAAAAGAAUCCUAGUUUCUAAAGAUGAAGUAAUGAAGCAUCCUGGUCUUGUCAGUUUUCCGCAUAAGCUACAAUUUGGAAGCUCAGUGUAUCAACUCUACGCUGUAGUCCAGCAUAGCGGCACUCUAUCUCAAGGCCAUUACAUUGCCACUGUUUUACUGGACGACGUAAGAGACGACUGGAUCGAGUUCAAUGAUGACGUUAUGACUCGCAUCAGUACUAGGCCGUUGAAAGACGCGCUUGGAAUAAGAUCGAGUGUAGCUGGGUUCUUCUACGUUCGUCAAUAUGCUGCAGAACCUAAUGUGGUAUAGUCUGAUAAAGAAAUGUGAUACUAGAAUAACUAAACAACAUAUAUACAACAUUCCUGGAUAAGACGCAGUAUUUUUCUAGUAAUUUUAUCAUAUACCACGUUCCUUUGAAGUGCCUAUAGACGUAAUUUAGGAAAUUUGAAUAUCGAGUUUGCUUCUUGUCACAUCAUACAAAUAGCGUUUUCGCGCCAAGCAACUGGAAAGGGCAAAUAUAUUUACAGGAAGUUAUUUAUGCUGCUUCAUAAUACACAGUGGGUAGAUUGAUAUAUUUGUAUUGAAUCUAUCCUCUGACCUUUCUGUAGCUUGUAAAUAUUUGUGUCAGAAUUCUAUAUAAUAGUGCAUAUAGAAUGUCCAUUUUAAGAACAAAAUGAUACGUUAUGCAUGUCAGAUAUGUUUUGACAAGAAGCUUUAUUUACCUGAUUUAAGAAUUGUUGGGGUAUAUCACUUUUGGGUGGGUUUUCGACCCUGAAAAUGACUGAAUUAAAAUUGAUUGCAUCUAUGAGAUUUUCGAGUUUUUAGCAUACUCCAUUUUUUCUUCAAUCUCAAUAACGAAAAGGUAUUUUUUGUCACUACAGGCUAACUUCCAAACAGUAAUUUUUGAAUGCAAUAGUUCAAGCAAAUUAGAAAGAACAGAAUAAUAAUAGGAAUUAUGGAAUUAUGUUUUAACAAAAUUUAUUCACAGCUAGUACUUUGUCAUCAUAGGAUUUGCAUCAUUUAUGACCUAAAAACUUCCUGGUUCAAUUGGUGCUCUGCAAAAAUUUCAUUUCAGUCCGAGCCAGCCUUUUUCCUGUGCCCCAACAUUCAUGUUUAUUUUUUAUGUUACUUAUCGUUGUUGUUGCAACAUUCAUGUUUAUUUUUUAUGUUACUGAUCGUUGAUGUUGAGUCAUAUUUUAUACUAGGCUCUCCUGCACUAUUUGAAAAAGACGGAAGGCUUAGCAACAAUGGAUAUUUUUCAACCUUACCGUAUCCUUCGUUAAUGUUGCUCAAAUUUCCAAUACAAAAUCCAUAGACAAAUCUUUUUCAUAUCACCAGUUUCUUUGGUCUGGAUCAAGAAAAUCAUGAGAUCCUUCGCAUUAAAUAGUUGCAUAUCAUUUACUAGCAGAUACUCCAUAUAGAUCAUUUUUGCAGCAACCAGAAGAGAGCUAGGUAUAUAAUAUGCCGUCAGAUUGAUUUAAAGGCCGUUUUCAUAAUUUAAGUUUUAUUUAUUUUAAUAUAGAUUCAUUGUGUACACAGAGAACCUAACACAAGCUUAUUAAUAUAGUGGAUCCAAAUGAACAGGAUUUCAUAAAAUGUGUUGAGUUUGACAGAUUGAUGUGGAACACAAAAAAUAAUGCAACAGGUGUAGGUACUGUUACAUGUUUUUUUUGUUCAAUGUGGGUCCAAUAAAUUCAUCACAUAUUCUAGAAACACCCUUUUGAGACAGUUGCAUGAUUUUGUCUAUCUGAAUACAAGAAAGGCUAAAGUACCCUCUCGAUAUUCCACUGAAAAGCUGGUGCAUUGUCCAGAACAGCAAGAACAACUUAGUAGCGUUUGUAACUUAAAAAAAUAUAUUUUUAUAAAAAUGUUUCAAACCUGUUGGGAUACUCUGUGGCAUAAAUGAUUUUUAUAUUUGUUUUGAUUGACAAAUACCAAUAGCAAAGCAUAAAACAAUUCUAGUCUGCAUGAAUGUAUGUAAUCUAUAUAUUGUUUUGCUUAGGUAUUUGUUAUUACUAUAGUUGUACUGUUCUUUUCGUUUUUUAUUAAAAAAGUUUGAUAUAAACGAAACUUGUUUUUUACCCUUAACGAACGUAACGAAACAUAUCUAGUAAAGAGAUGAAUUUUACUACAGAUCACAGAUACGCAGGGCUUUUUUAACCAUGUUAAAAAAAUAUCCGAAUCUAUAAUUAUGUCAAAAAUUACAUUUGGCGAUAGAAAGCACCGAUUUUAUUAUUCAACGUCUAUGUUACACUAAUUUAUCACAGCC